ACAAUUUAGUGCACAGCUCAUGCAUUGAAAAUGAAAGGGAAGUUAGUGUGAAGUAACGAUUUGCCAUCAGCUUAACUUUCCCGUACCCGUAUCAGCCAAAGUUGCGCAAAAUUGUGCACGCGUUUCAUGAUGCUCGCAUUUUUGCGUAACCAUGCACGCAAGUGCUUGUUGUUGCGCAAGAACUCGUGCGUUUCGCGCGCACGCUUCAUUUCGUCCAACUGCAAGGCACACGUCCACUUGUGGCUCCACAGUAAAUGAACAACUGCGUCAGUUUUAGUCCUGCUCCCUGCCUUAGGCUACCAAUGAAGUGACGUGCUACGUAACACCCUUACCACCCUUACCAGUGUUCCUUACGGUGGUCCUAAAAAAAAAUUGGUUGUAACGAACUGCAUCAACCUCUCUUACGCAGGUUCGAUUGCCCUCAGGAGUAGCUUCCAACGGUCGCAAGGGACUCGUAGGAGCAGCCCGACUGAAACUCGACACCGACGGUAUCUCUAUGGUUGAGGGUUGGCCGCGUUGACCUUCCCGCCGUCGCUGCCCGGACGGGGGCGACCGUCGUACCGGGGCGAUGUCGGUGCCGGGGGUGCUGCACGUGCACCAGUUCGACCUCAAGUCCCUGGAGUGCCCGGUGACUUGGGGCACUGGCUACGCGCCUCUGGAGGCGUGCGAGGACAUGCUGGACAAACUCUGCCUCGCCCCCACGCCCUGGGCCGAGGUCGUGGAGCGCUACCGGCUGGCGUGGAGCUUCUGGCAGAACUCGCGUCUCGACCAAGCGCGCACCCUCCUGGUGGAGUGCUUCAUGCGCCUCUUGCCGGAUCCCGUGUUCCAUCGGCACUGCGGCAUCAUAGCAGAUCACAGGCCGGCCUUGCGACUGGUGCUGGACUCGAUGUGGGCCGCGAUGUCGAUCACCACGCUCACAGACAACAAGCAAGUGGCGUACCUGCGCGAGUUCAUCGGCGACGUGAAGCCUCUCAGCCAACUGGGAGACGACCAGCGAGCAGCAGUGUGCGCCGUGAGGGGCCGCCUCGCCUCCGGCGGCGGCGCGGAAGACCGCAAGUGGUUCCGCGAGGCCAUCCGCCUGAGUCCCGGCGAGGGGGAGUGGCGCCAUCUGCUGGGGUGGGUGCUGCAGGACGCUCGGAACUACAAAGGGACGCCGUCAGCCGAAGAGAUCAGCCUCCUCCGAGCGGCGUACCAACACCGGAAGAACCCCGACACGGUGCUGCGCCUGGCGCGGUGCGUGGCGGCGUGCGGCCCCAGCCAGCGCGCGGAGGCGGAGGCCCUCGUGGCAGAGGCGCUGCGGCUUUUCCCGAACCACCCUCGCGCCCUCACCAAUGCCGCGAACACGCUGUACAUGAUGCGAGACCCCGGGCCUCAGACGGCGCGCGAGGCGCUUGAGCUGUACCAGCGCGCCCUGGUCGCCGCCGGGGAGCGUGCCUUCAUCCACAUGAAGCUGGGGUCUCUGUGGAGCCACUACGGCGACAAGAAGAAGGCCCGCAGGCACUACAAGGCCGCCGCGCGCCUCAACCCGAGCGCCUGCAACCAGUUCGCCACCGCCAUCAGCGAUUAUCACGCUGGCCUCUAGUGCCUGCGUACUCCGCGUGUUCUUACGUGUGUUCUUGUUAUGAUCUUGACAGAAAUGUGACUUUCUUGGACGUUAGCCUCGCUAAAUGAACAAUUUGUAUUGACGAAAUGAUUUUAAUCACAUGAAGUUGGCUACUUACCGCCAUGCUAUUAUCCCUUUGUUGUAUUAAAUGCACAUGCCUCAAUUUUAACCAGUA